GCAAUAACAGCGCAAACUCUUCAGUCCUCUGAUUGUAUUGUUGUGUUUUGAUCUGGUCCUCCAUGCCACAAUGAGUGUUGGGGUUGUAAAGAAAGAGUUUAAUAAAGAGAAGAAAGAGGAUUUCACAUGCCAUCAGUGUGGAAAGAGCUUGUCAUAUAAAGCUAGUUUCAUAGACCAUAUGAGGAGUCACACUGGAGAGAAACCCUUCACAUGUCCUCAGUGUGGAAGGAGUUUCACACGUAAACAAGGCUUAAUACGGCACAUAAGGAUUCACACGGGAGAGAAGCCAUAUGUGUGUCAGAAGUGUGGAACUGCUUUCAGAAGUUGGGGAAAACUUAGGACUCACAAAAAGUCUAACUGUAUUGAGAAGCCAUUCAAGUGUCCUCAGUGUGAAAAGAGUUUCAAACGUAAAGCCCUCUUCAGUCGUCACAUGAGAAAUCACAGAGGAGAAAAGCCUUUCUCAUGUCAACACUGUGCAAAGUGUUUUACAACUAAACGUAGCCUUAGUAUUCACAAACGAAUUCACGCCACAGAUAUUCCGUUAUCAUGCUCUCAUUGUGGAAAAUAUUUUGCAUCUGAGAGCAACCUUGAGAGUCACAUGCGAAUUCACUCCAGAGAGAAGCCGUUCACAUGCGAUCAGUGUGGAAAGAGUUACAAAUGGUCAAGUAGUCUCAGAGUUCAUAAACUCUUUCACUCCGGAGAAAAGCCAUUUAAGUGUGAUCAGUGCGAUAAAAGGUUUGUUCUGGAAUCACGACUAAAGGGUCACAUGAAAACUCACACUAAAGAGAAGCCUUACUUGUGUUCUGUUUGUGGAAAGAGUUUUGCAUGGCCGGGCAGUCUUAAAGACCAUCUGAAAAUACACUCUGGUGUGAAAGAGUAUUUGUAAAAAUACUGUGGUUAAGCCUUUACUGCAGCCACUCAGCUGAAAGUGCAGCGCAGGAUCCAUACUGGAGAAAAACCUUACAAAUGUUAGGAGCUCAGCAGUCCAUGAGUGCUGAAAUAUUGCCCUUGUUUUAGUCUGUUUGGGAUUCGAAAUGUGAAAAAAGUUGCAGUCUUUUAUGUUAUAUACAUAAUAAAGAUUUGUAACUUUACACAGAAGCAGUCAUCAGUAGCAAAGGAACUGUAUAUUUGUAGCAAUAGACAACAAUACAUUGUGUGAGUCAUAAUACAUU